CGCCACUAUUCUUUUCUUGGAUGUAAUCUAUUCCAUUCUAACAAACAAAACUUCAAGUGCCUAACUGGAAAACUGACCUAUCAGCGUCAAUUGGAAACCGGAACAUUUUGAAAGAAGCUUCUGUCAAUCCCUACAUUGUCCAGAUCAACUCAUACGAGCAUGUCAGACUUGACUCCAAAUGUGCCGGGAUUACGUGAUCCGAUUGCAAAUUCCGACCCACACCAAUUGGAGUAAAUGCCCCUCUCUGGGGAAAUCUACAACUUCCCAUUCACAUCCAUUCCCGAUAAGGACCCCCAAUUAUGCCACCUGAGAACCAACCAGAAGAGCUCGCUCAUUUUGAAGAAGAGUUCUUCUCCAAUGACAAUCCCUGGACACAUGCUCCAAAUACAGGAACUACUGAUAUCUUUCCUGCGGAUAAUCUCCAUUUUGAUGGUUCCGGCUUUCAUGCAGGGGGGCUGUUCAAUACUCAGCUACUGGAUGCAUCCGAUCUAUGUUUCCUGGAUUCUACAUAUGAUACCACUAACACGACACCCGCUGUUCCGUCUUUCAUGGGGCAUGAAUUGGCACCCGAUAGUUUUCCUGCCUCGGUUUCUUCCUUGGAUGGAUUUCCAGAUAUGAUGAAUGGAUACUCGGGCACAACGAGUCCUGGAAUUGGUUUAUCGCAAGAUGCAUCAAAUAAUCAUCUAUUUGAAGGUUUCUCAUGGAAUUGGGAGUCAAGCCCUGCUCUGAAUGACCUUACCAUGCCCUCGGAACCUAUAGAAGAAACAGCUUCUGCACCUCUGUCACAACGGCAACCCGUUCGCGCGCCACCCACCAGAAGUAGUGGUCUACCACGUCGCAGAAGUCGAUAUCUGAUCUCGCGACCCGUCGAAAAGACCCAUCCUAUUCAAAUUCCCACUGCAAAGGAAAUGGAUCCGAUGCAACGAUGGCAGGAGUCCCCGCCCGAGGAUGAACCGGCUUCAUUCACCGCAAUCAUGAAUGCCGUCGACGAGAUGCCGACGCAUAACAGCCCUAGACAAGCGAGUGGCCGCAAAGUAAACGAUUCGUUCAGACACUAUCGUCAAUCAGCGUCCAUCACGAGCGGAGAGUUCAGUGCCUCUUCUGCAGACUCGGCGUACUCAUCGACCGGUCGAUCGACUCCUCAGAGUGGUCGCAGCCGCCGGUCAAAGGGACGGGUUGCCAAGAGCAAAGCGAAGCCGUGGAAUGAUACGAAGCCGCGCAUAUUCUGUUGUACCUUUUGCUGUGAUCGGUUUAGAAGCAAGUAUGAUUGGGUGCGACAUGAGAAGUCGUUGCAUUUGAACCUGGAGACGUGGUACUGCGCUCCUCUCGGCCCGGCUGUAUUCUCCGAGACGACCGGUCAGGAGCACUGUGCAUACUGUAAUACCCCGAACCCGUCACGCGAUCACCUCAUUCAGGAGCACAAUUACGAAGAAUGCCAGAAUCUGUCCAAGGCAUCGCGAUCAUUCCGACGGAAGGAUCAUCUCGUGCAGCAUCUCCGUCACGUACACCAAGUCAACACCGUCCCGUCCAUCGACGACUGGAAGCAGGAGUCCAAAAACAUCGCAUCAAGAUGUGGAUUCUGCGACCAGAAACUCCAUGACUGGGACGAACGCAUCGAGCAUAUCGGUGACCACUUCCGCUCCGGCUUCACCAUGAAAGACUGGCAAGGCGACCACGGCUUCCCACCAUCCAUCACAGCACAACUGAGAAACGCGUUCCCGCCCUACCUCAUCGGUAAUGAAUCCGAAAGCAUGAUCCCUUUCUCCUCGACCAACGCACAUGUUCGAGAUCACUAUGCGCAAAUGUCCGCUCGGGUGCAUCUUCCAAAGGGCGAAGGGGAUGUCGUCCCGGGAGAAGAGCCCACCACGGCUGGUGCGGCGGACGCUACAACUUCGCAAUUUGACAAUUUUUUGGGAAACUUCACACGUCAUUUGGGACAAUUUGCGCGCCAGCAGAUGCAAAAGGGCGUUAUUCCUACGGAUGAGAUGUUUCAGCAAGAAGCUAGGAGGGUGGUAUUUGGUUGUGGGGAUGAGUGGGAUCAGACUAUUGCUGAUAGUCCGCAGUGGCUAUCUUCGUUUCGCCAGUUAUAUUGUGAGACUAGGGAUGGGAGGCAUGAUGGUUAAUUUCGAAUAUUAAACACAUAAAUGGGGAGAUUAUCUGCAUUUUGGGGCUCCUCGAUCUGUGUUCAUUAAAUUAGAUUUUAUGGGAGGAACUAUUAAUGAGUUAUUUGAACUACAUUGAGCAAAG